UGCGCGUGGUGCCUCUCUGCUCGGCUGCUACCUCACCUGCGCCGCCCAGCUCACGGCCAUGUGCGAAUGGAUCAUCCACCACUCCCAAGACCGGCCGCGUGGCUGGCAUAGGCAAUCACCAGCCAUAUAAGCUUGCUAGAACACAUCUACAUAUCUACCUGCGCCACUUUGCUGUCUCACCUGCUUCAUUGCGCCAGAACUGCGAGACGUACACGAUGGGAAACUGCUGCGGCAAGAGCUCAGACGAGAACUUCCAAGGCGAAGGUCGCACCCUAGGAGCUGCUCCCGUCAAUGCUCCAAUUCCAUCGAACAAUGCGCGCGCUGCCGCACCUCCGAAGGUGACAGGACCAGGGCGAACACUGGGGAGUGCGUCGGGAGAGCAGCAGCCACCGGGAUCAGCAGCGGCGAGGGCAGCAGAGGAGCGAGCAAAAGCAGCCCAAGGCAAAGGCAAGCUUGGCAAACAACUAGACGCCCAGAAAUCGCAAACACAGAAAGAUACAUUGGCACAGACUGCACGAGAUAAUGUCGCGGCGAGGGACGCUGAUGCCGCUGCUCAAGCGAGGGCGUAUAAUUGAGCUCGAGUGGGGAAAGAGAGCAUACGACGGAACGAAGUCAUGAGCUUGCAUGCACAUUUGAGCGCGUAGGAAGGAGACGUACGGCCGUGGAGCGGGAGCAGGCUGUAUUGAAUGAACGCAUACAGCCGAUCAUGGUGGUCGGUUACGGUUGAAGAGCAUAGACUGGGAGGCAAGCCUCAGCGGCAGUGGGCGAGGAAUGAGAAGGCACAUAUGGACAUUGACCAUCAAUUCAUGA